GACGCGACGCGUCAUAUUUCUCCGCCUAAAGCAUAUUCACCUUUAUUGUUCUACUAUUUAAGUACAAAUUUGUGCUAUGUAAAUAUGGAAGCGCGCGUCGACGCGCGUUGACGCGCGCAUUCGCGCUCCGACGCUCGGCUGGAGUCGAGCGGAUUCGCGAGUCGCCGCGCGUACUCAGGCGCAGUGACGCGUCAGACGCCGACCACAACGGACGGACGACAGUGCUGAACUACGACGACAAUGGACGAAGAUGAAAAAUUAAUUUAUUUAGUACAGAAGUAUGAUUGUCUGUUUAACGUCAAGGCGAAAACCUACAGUGAUAAAAAUUGUAGGAAAAAUGCCUGGCAAAAAGUAAGCGGUGAAAUGCAAAUUUCUGAGGCAGAGUGUCAAAAGCGGUGGAAAAGAAUUCGAGAUUGUUACAAGAAAGCAAUUAGGCUAAGACAGUUUAAGAGUGGUUCUGCUAGAUCAAAUGAUAAGCCAAUAAGAUUUGAAAAAGAAUUGGAGUUUUUAAAACCAUACUUGCAGAACAAACCACAGACGUCUAACUUAGAGAGCUCCGAAGAAAAUGACGUAAACACUGAUACCGACACAAACUUGUCCGUUGCGUCGCCAUCUCGACCCGAAUCACAAUUAUCCAGUCAUUCCGAUACUACUCGAAAGAAGUCACAACCACUAUCACAAAUGUUAUUCGCACAAUAUUUGGAAAAUAAGAAAACAGAAGAAGAUCCAACGGACACUUUUUUUCUCUCUAUGUCCAAAACGGUUAAACGGAUGCCAAUACAAAUGCAAGUGCUACUGAAACGACAGAUAUUGCUUUUAGUAACUGACGCGGAAAUAAAAGUUGCUUCGAAUGAAAUGUGCACCUUUCAACCUGAAACAACUAAUAUCAACUCAACGCAAGCAAAUACUUCUUCAUCCAUCGGCUAUACAACAGAACUACGAACCGAAUCAGAAAGUCUUCAGCUACAAUCUAAUUCCACUAACUGUAUUUCUAAUUCCAACACUUAUAAAAUGCAGCCAAAUACCGGGUAUUAUACAACACAGCUACCAACCAUUUAUACUCCUUCUAACACAUACUCAAUGCAGUCAAAAACGUCAUCCAGUAGCAACAGCAUAAUCCCUAAUCAGUUCGAAAAUAGCACUUCUUCGAGAUAUCGUGUGGAAGAUCGUAUGGAAGAUCUCGACCUGCCACCUUCACCAUACAUACCAUUGCCGAUUGGGACGACGACGCGGCAACAAAGGGAUGGUGAUAAUGACUACAGUUAAUGACGUUAUGUAUGACUGAUUUAAUGCCAUGAUUUACGGUAUAAGGGACGGUUCUCCAAAAAAUUAUAAAUACUUAUUUUUUGUCAUACCUACGCCUGUACUUUCCGGAAAUAAUGUGAUGUAGAUUUUAGCUUAAAAUUAUGUGAUAGGUAGAUAUGCAUGGUAUCAGUUUUCGAAGAACUGUCCUUGUGUACUUAAUAAUGCGCGUAAAAUUAAAGAUAAAUAAAUCUAUGUAAAUUAAAAUAAAUG